AUCACUUGGACAGGCAGCAUUAAUUACUUCAAUAUGAUGAAAAUUGUGUUCGCUCUUGUUUUGGCGGUGGUAGCAGCCGUGUGCUCAGGAGAUGGUGUCGAUGUUAUUCACCACAACAGCCAUCAUGGGCACGGAAAUGGAAUCAGCACCAGAUAUUUCUACAAAGGACAUGGCUAUGGGAUAGGAUCCGGAAUCUAUGGUUUGGGAUACGGCGGCUACUACGGUGGUUAUGGAGAUGGUUAUGGCUAUGGUGGCUAUGGAGAUGGGUACGGCUAUGAUGGCUAUGGAGAUGGAUAUUAUGGAAAAGGAUACUACGGAAAAGGAUAUUAUGGAAAUGGAUAUUACGGAAAUGGAUAUUACGGAAAUGGAUAUUAUGGAAAUGAUGGAUAUGGAUAUGGUGGAUACGGAUACGGGCCUUACAAUUAUUAUGGAAGAUAUGGUCAUCAUGGGAAAUACGGUCUUGGAUAUGGAAAAUAUUUAGGAGGCCUUGGCUAUUAUGGUGGUUAUGGAUAUGGAAGCUACUUGUAAAGAAUGUACCGGAAAACCAAAAUGUUAACCAGCAAAGUGUCAGUCACCCAGAGAUGAAAAGAAGAUAUUAAUUUUAAAAACUAAAU